GGGUUUGAAUCAUAUUUUAAUUGAUUCCUGUCGUUGAGAUCCAGUGCCAGGUUUUUCAGCGGCCUCUGUCUGUGUCUGGUCUGGCAGCAGCGCAGCGUGAAGGCAGUGGGAAACAGAAACACUAUGGCUGCCACUCUGUCUCUUACUCAGCUCUCCAGUGGAAAUCCCAUCUAUGACAAAUACUAUCGACAGGUUGAUCCGACUGGCAGUGGGCGGGUGGCAGCAGCUGAUGCAGCCUUGUUCCUGAAGAGGUCGGCCUUGGCUGACUUGGUCCUGGGGAAGAUCUGGGAUUUGGCAGACUCUGAACGUAAAGGUGCUCUUAACAAGCAGCAAUUUUUCAUAGCAUUGCGGUUGGUGGCCUGUGCUCAAAAUGGCCUGGAGGUGGCACUCAAGAGCCUUAAUGUGGCUGUUCCUCCCCCGAAAUUUCAUGACACAAGCAGCCCGCUGUUAGCAGGAGGAGGAGGGGCUGUUGAUGUUCCCUGGGUCGUCAAGCCUGAGGAGAAGAUGAAGUUUGACUCCAUCUUUGAAAGUCUGGGUCCAGUCGGAGGGAUUCUAACAGGAGACAAGGUCAAGCCUGUCCUGCUCAACUCCAAACUGCCAGUGGACAUCCUCGGCAGGGUGUGGGAGCUCAGUGACAUCGACAGAGAUGGCACAUUGGACAGAGAUGAAUUUUCUGUGGCCAUGUAUCUGGUGUACAGAGCCCUGGAGGGGGAGCCUGUUCCCAUGUCCCUACCACCUCCCCUGGUUCCACCCUCCAAGAGGAAAAAACCCUCGGUGCCUCCUGUGAUGCCCCUGUUACCCUCGCCCCCCUCAGUCAAAGACAGUCGCUCCUCCCACGCUGGCUCUAAGACCAUGCCCCUUCCCCCUAAACCCGCCCCAGCUCCUGUCCCAACACCAGCAGCUGCCCCUUGGGUGGUGUCGCCGGCAGACAAAGCAAAGUAUGAUGAGCUCUUCAUCAAGACAGACGGUGACAUGGACGGCCUCGUGUCUGGACCUGAAGUCAGAGAUAUCUUCCUGAAGACCGGGCUGCCCUCUGCGACACUCGCACGCAUCUGGGAGCUUUGUGACAUUGGAGACAUCGGGAAACUGACCCGGGAGCAGUUUGCCCUGGCGCUUCAUCUAAUCAAUCAGAGGCUGACUAAAGGCCUGGAACCUCCUCAGAGUCUCUCCCCAGAGAUGAUCCCUCCAUCUGACAGACAAAACAUCAAACAGAACAACGUGGCUAACCUGGCAGCUGACUUCUCUGCCAUCAAGGAACUAGACUCUCUCAGUAAUGAGAUUGUCGAACUACAAAGGGAGAAGAUAACCGUGGAAGAGGAGAUCAAGGAGAAGGAGGAGGCCAUCAGACAGCGCAGCAAUGAAGUGCAGGACUUGCAGGAUGAGGUGGCGAGGGAGAGCGAGGUGCUGCAGCGGCUCCAGGUUCAGCGUCAGAAGGUCCAGGAGGCCUUGGAGGAGCUAGACCAACAGAAAAACUCCCUGGAGGAGCAGCUGACCCAUAUUCGCCAGCAGACCAACCAAGAGACCAAUCUGAUUUCAUCGCUGCAGUCGGAGCAUGAGGAGCAGGAACAGAAGAUAUGUCAGUUUGAGGAGGAGCUGGUCCAGGCCCGAGAAGAGCUCCUGGCUCUGCAGGAGGAGAGCGUGAGGCUGCAGGAGAAGGUCCAGGCCGCUCAGGAGCAGCUCACACCUCUGCAAGAGUCUGUCCGCGACUCCUUUACACAAGUUGCACAGGUUCAGCAGAAACUGAACGAGCUUCAGGUGGAGGAGAGGUCAGUAACUGCCCAACUCAGCUGGAAGAGAGCCCUAGAGGACAGCUCUCCUGUCAUGGUCAACGGAUCAGCAGGCCCCACUGCAGAGCUGUACCAGGGGGACACCUUCCAGCAGGACCUCUUCCAGGAGGACCAGCCUAAAGAGCUGAAGGAGGAAGAACCAGCUGCUCUCUGCUACCAGCAGAACGAACAUUCAGAUCAAAAAGAGAAAGAAGGAAUGAGCGAGAGAGAAGAGGAAGAAGAGAAGGAGGAAGAAAGUCUGAAGACUGCAGAGGAGGAAAAGUUGAAACGUGAUGCCUUGGAUGAUCUCUAUACCAGUCUAGCCUCCUCUGAGAUGUACAACAGUCGGUUGAAGCCACUGGAGAAUACAACGAGGGAACACAGUAGCCCUACACCCAACGUCUCCUCGGAGGUCAUAGAUGAUGCAGAGGAAUCCCCUAGAGAGAGCCCGCCAAAGGUUGCAUCGCCAGAGCCAGAGAUCAAACCGGAGUCUGCAGAGUCCCCAGAAAGUACCCCUUCUUCGUUACCGCCUCAAGUCGGCCCUCGCUCUCUGCCACCUCAGACCAGCCCUCCCUCCCUGCCUGAGAUGGACUUUUUCCAUUCGGACCCCUUUACUGACCAUGAUCCAUUCAAAGAUGAUCCAUUUGGAAAAGCAGAUGUUGCAGAUCCAUUCGGAGAAGAUCCGUUCAAAGGGUCGGACCCCUUUGCUGCAGACUCUUUCUUCCAGGCCUCCAGCGCUCCCUUUGCCUCAGGCGACCCAUUCUCUGCCUCAGCUGACCUGUUCGGUACCACAACUGGCGUGCCAGAACCAGACCUGUUUGCAGCCAAGCCGAAGGAAGCAGAAGCUGCACCAGCAGCAGGCCCAGAUCCCUUCACUUCCAAACCUACCAAUCCAGCUUUAGCAGCCAAGGAUCCAUUCAGCUCCACAGGGAACAAUAUGGCCGAUUCUGACCUGUUUGGAGGCAAAGUGAACGCCAUUGGGGAGGUGGAUCCCUUUGGUUCUCAGGACGGAGGGACAGAUCCCUUCAGCUGCUCUUUACCCAGCUCUGAUCUGGCCGUGAAGGACACUGCAGCAUCCAAUGACCCGUUCGCUCCAGGUGGUACGACAGUGAACGCCAGCUCAGAUCCAGAUCCGUUUGCUGCUGUGUUUGGUAAUGAAUCAUUCGGAGGGGGCUUUGCAGAUUUCAGUGCUUUGACAAAGUCAAACGGGGCUGACCAGUUUGGCAUCAACAAUAAGAACCUGUUCCAGGAAGACAGCGAGUCUGUUGGACCCGAUGUGCCCCCAGCUCUGCCUCCAAAAACCGGUACGCCAACUAGACCACCUCCUCCACCUCCAGGUAAGAGGUCAUCCAUCUCCAGAACUGAGUCGUGUGAGUCCUUCCAACGACGAGGGCCCUUUCUCCAACAGCCUUCAGGAGACUUCUCCUCCUCUUCCCUGCCUGCCAAGGAUCCUUUAGCUGACCCCUUCGCCCCCUCCUCCCCUCCUCGUCACAACGUACGGGAAGCUGACCGAUUUGCCAGCUUUGACAAACAGUGGGAUGUACCACCUACAAUAUCCAACAGAGGAAGACAUGAUAGAGUGGGCAAAGCGCGAGAGCGAGCGAGAGGAAAAGGAGCGACUUGCCAGGCUCACCCAGCAGGAACAAGAGGACCUGGAGCUGGCCAUCGCACUCAGCAAGUCUGAACUCUCUUGAGGACCUCGUCUCUCCCUGCCCUCCCCUUCCCUUCCUCUCCUCGUCCACUGACCUGGCUCGGCACGGCACAGCACAGCCUGUCCCAGCCCAGAAAGCACCAAAGCAAUAUGGGGACUGUAUAGGACUGAUUCAGCAGCACCGGCUGACCCCAUGAAGAGACUUUGUCAGAAUGAACCCAUCUCUGAAUCUUUCAGCGCCCUUCUCCCCAGACUGUGUUCACGAUAUUGGCAUUGCGGUAUUGUAUUUUUCCAUCCUGUUGGUCUUGUUUUGGAGGAGUGGACCAAGAUGGAGUGUAUGUUUUGAAGAAUGGAUUGUUGAAAAUGAAAUGCGGUGAAUAUGGAUUUAGAGAUUGCGCCGUUGAUUUCAACACCAGGCUACAAAUGUAAUUUAUUUAAUGCACUCAAAACUAGAUUGAAAUGGCCUUGUCAAAAGUCCUGUCUUUAUCCACUAACAGUAUCUGUAUACUUUAUUAAAACUCGACUCACUCUAGCUUCUGAAGUUAUAUUGAGGAUUUCAUGAGCUUUCUUUAAUUAGAAAUAGACUUGCUAAUUUUGGAGCACCAAAAUCCCCCUAAUUUCCUUCCAGCUCUCAGUUAAUAUUCUGAAACUAAAUCUUGAACUGUGUGUAGUUUCAAGACAGUAACAAAGUGUUUUUUGAGGCACUGUAACAAAAUCUUUCAGUCUUUUUUUAAAUGGAGUGACCACUUACUUUUCUAGUCCUGUAUUAUGGCAGAAUACAGGACUAGCUGAGAUAAAAAAUAAAUAAAAGUAGCCUAUGUUUUCAGGACAGGGUAACAGAAUUCAACAUUUCUACUUGUUUAACUGGAAGUGACCGGUCCUCGGAUAGGUGAAACGUGCAAAUUUAUACUAAAGUUGAACAAAUCCAUCACAGCUACUACAUUCAGCUUCUAGAUACUUUAAUUUCUUUUAGGUUUUUGUUCUGUCCACAGGUUUGUUUGGGAGAUCCUGAAAGGAAUUAAACUACUACUAUUACAUGUAAUAAUUAUAUAUUAAUUAGCAUUACAUUUCAGGGCACACUACAAUGGAUUGCACAAAAUGAGAACCGAGAUAAACAUCUCUCCCAUCUGAGUCCAACAUCAAAUACUUAUCUUUUUAUUAGUAUGAAACUUUCAGUUCUGGGCAAUCACUGACACAUUUGUAUUAAUGUGGCCUCAGAUUAAAGAAUGUUUUUUUUUUAUUAAUAUGUGGCUGAAAAACAGGUGGGUUUGGACAUUAACAGACAAACUAAAAUAGUUAUGAGUUGUCAUUGAUACUGUAUGAGAAAAACCGAUUUAUGCCCACUUUACCUGCUUUGUAUACUCCUCCAUUAGUGUUACUAGAGAAUCCUGAUAGUUCCAGGGUUAGGCACACAUCAGUCUCCCUAAAGCAGUGCGCAAUGACACUUCCGUAGCAUGGAUGCUGUAUGUUAACUGAGAGAAAUGUAUUAAAAAAAGUAACUUUCUCAAGUAGUCAGUUGUCACAAAUUUCACACCAGGUGUCAUUUCAAAGUGUGCCACUGUUGGUGCUUCUAUUGUUAGCAUUUGUAUGAACUUUUUUAUUUUUUCCAGAAUGUUUAUUGUUUUAUUUUUUUCAGGAGAUGCUUCCUCUCUGAGAGAAGAACUGGAUUUCAAAGUCUUACACAAAGUCAGUAAAAGUUGAUAAGCGCCUCUGUGUUUUGGGUGGAGCAGUUUGUCUUCUGUCUGUGCGCUUCAGGCUCCGUGGGGUUUUAACUUGCCGCUGUUGAGAUAUACUGUACAUCCCCGUUGCACUGCAUCCACACGCCUGUUGACACCCACACAGCAGUUGGCCAGCCAGUGAUCCUUCAUCUUCCUGGAUAAUUUUGUGUUUUCUCCCAGAAAAUUAACUAAGUUACUUAACGCAGAGUGCUAAACUGUGAUAGAUGGUUUCUGAACAAGGGAAGGCUUAGUUGAACAGUAGGAGGCCUUUUGUUUUCAUUGUCUUUGCUGAUUUCUGACCAAACUGUGCACAACAUUCUUGGACACUUCUUCCUUUUUUCUCUCUUUUCGGCCUUGUUAAGAAUGAGCAUAGUCAUAGUUUCCUCUUCUCAUGUUUAGCCAGUUUACUGUCUGUGGUUGAGGCUGCACUUCCUACUUGGGGUGUCUCAUAUUGCAGUUCACAUUUAUCUUAAAUACAAGAGACCAGAAGUCAUCCGUCUCUUCCUCACCUUCACAGCUGAGUCUCUUGUCAUACCACAGUUUAAUUCUCUCACAUUUAAAGGCCCCCUGACACGUUACUCUCAUUUGUACAGAUUCCCUUUACAAAUCAAGAACCACUUCUAGGCUUACCCAUAAUGGGUUUUUAAAACUCAAGCUAAUUGUAUUUUAUUUUGUAUUUUCUAACGUGUAAGAACAAAAAAAUCAUUAUUUGGAGGUUUAGCCAGAAUAUGUAAUGCAUUUAAUUGAAACAGAAUAAAUAUUAAACAUGUAGUUUUGCA